AUGCGGGGUUUUGAGCUGCUGUUGGUUGCACACCUUGUGUACAUCCAAGUUCCUUCGGGCUCGACAUUCUCUACUAGCUCAGCUACUUAUACUACUCAGCUGCCGUCGCCUACUCCAGUCCCAACGACUCCAGUCCCAACAACUCCGGUCCCAACGACUCCAGUCCCAACGACUCCGGUCCCAACGACUCCAGUCCCAACCACACCACCACCUACCAAUGCUUCGGUUCAAUUUUGUGGCUUAGAUGACCCAUGUCAUCCCGGGGGCUAUUGUCUCAAUACAACCGGCAAUGCAAUCGGCUACAAGUGCAACUGUUCCCUUGGUUACAAAGGAGAUAACUGCGCUAUAGAAUACGACCCAUGCCGUGUCAAUCCUUGUCAGAACGGUGCCUCGUGCCGGUACAAUCGUACUGAAGUAAGCACGUGGUGUAUUUGCCCCAUAGGAUUCACAGGUGUCUAUUGUGAUUCUGCAAUUGUUCAGCCCGAGUGCCCGAAACCUACGCCGUGCAUGAAUGGAGGCAUCUGUAAAGAAACUGCGGACGCCUACACGUGUGGAUGUCCAUCAGGAACCACCGGAACCUUCUGCGAGACCGCAUGCAAUCGAAGUAAGACAGACCUUCUCCUCAUAGAAGACGCCUCUCCAUCCGUCACGAAAACCCAAGACUACGCUGCAAUGAAGGAAUUUGAAACUAAACUGAUCAGUGAUACGCGAAUAGAUCUGUCAGCUGUCCAUGUUGCUGAGGUGGUAUUUGGAGAAGAAGCCAAGUUGGGAUUCUAUCUCAACACCUUCCAAAACAAGUCAUCCCUCCGAGCAGCCAUUGCUAACUCUAGCAAAGAAGGAGGACCCACACAUCUUGCUAAACCUAUCUUGCUGGCCGACCUCAAUGUGUUUAGCGGGAAACAUGGUGACCGCACUGACGCCCAAAUGUUGUCGUCAUGUUCACUGACGGAAGGAGCAGAGACGCAGGGAGCUUGUUCAUAGCUGCUACUCUUCUCAGGAGGAAGGCACUUGUUUUUGUUGUAG